AUGGCGGCCGUCGUCGCGGUGGCCAACUGUGGCCAGCUCAGGUCUGACCGCCAGAAGAAGCCGCGAGAUGCUCGUAGUCUGUCCGAAAGGAAUUGUGUUGAGGCUGUCUUGCUUGCCUUGGACUCUUCUGUCAUUGAGACUGACAACGAAGACAGACGAUGGAAAUCUGCGGCAUCCCGAAAGGUCCAGAGUCUACGGGUAGCCGUAGAGAUGAUAUUUCAGCGUGGCUGGUUGCUCCCGAUGCGCAGUGCAGCGCCGCAGGCCAGUGGCCCUGCGAGCACACCCGUCGAGAUGCAAGCUGCUGGCGGCCCUGGCGCUGGUUCGACGAUGACUGGACGCUCAUCGGCCAUCGUACAGAUGGCAGAUGGGCCGGUAAUGUAUCGAUACCUCACGGCCUGGUGCUUCGCUGCAUCGAUGCUAGAGCGUAGCAGGCUGGCCGAGCCGUUGUCCGCAUGGCAACGCAACGUCUCGUCGACUGAAGGCGGCUUCUCCCUUUUCUUCCCUGACUUUGGGUUCGUCCCGCUUCCGUCACGACGGUCCUAA